AUGGUUCGAUGUUUGUUGUUAUUUGUGUCUUUAAUAAUCCUUUGGAAAUGUUCAAUAAACGAAGGAAAACCAUCGAUUAUUUUUGUUCCUGGUUUUCUUUGUAGUUUAUUGGAAAUUCGAAUAAAUACAACAAUUCAAACCAAAUGUCCGAAAUCAAUUGAUAAUCAAUGGAUUCUUCUUUGGUUAAAUCUUCGUUUAUUUCAACCUGAAUAUUUUUUAUGUUUUCAUGAAAUAUUUCAACUGAUUUAUAAUGAAACAUCAAUGAAUUUUGAAAAUCCACCAGGUAUUCAAACACGUCUUCUUACAAAUUCUUCAAAAAGUUCAUUUCUUAAUGGUUUAUUAUGGGAAUAUAUUGGAUUAGAUCAAUUUCUCUUUCAUUUUCUUUUCAAACAUCAAUAUGAAGAUGGAAUUAAUAUUCGUUCAAUUUCUUAUGAUUUUCGACGAGGAACAAAUGAAAGUUUAAACGAAUUUUGUCAAAGAUUAAAAGAAUUAAUUGAAAUAACAUAUUUAACUAAUAAAAACGAAAAAAUCUCUUUAAUAAGUCAUAGUUUAGGUGGAUCAAUGACUUUAAAUUUUUUAAAUCAACAAAAUGAAAUAUGGAAAGAGAAAUAUAUUCAUAGUUGGAUUUCAUUAAGUGGAAAUUUAGCUGGUGGAAUUGAUAAUAUUCAAAGUUUAAUUCAAGGUUUUGUUUCACCUUUAAUUCCCAAAACAAUUCUUCAAACUUGGGAUUUUUAUUCAUGGCGUUUACCAAAUUCAUUCAUUUAUGGAACAAAACGAAUUUUAAUUGAAAGUCCAAAAAAGAAUUAUUCAUCAAAUGAUUUCUUUGAUUUUUUAAAUCAAUUAGGAGCAAAGCAACUUGCACAAGUUUAUUUAAAAUCUUCAUUAAUUCUUUCAACAUUUUCUCCACCAAAUGUCAACACUUUUUGUUUUUUUGGUACAAAUAUUUCAACACCAAUCAAAUAUAUUUCAACAUCAAAUACUUUUCAUGGAAAAUUAUCAAUUCUUUAUGGAUCAGGUGAUGGAGAACUUGAUGAUACAAAUAAUUAUUCAUGUCAAUUAUGGAAUCAAACAAUGGAUCCAAAAUAUCAAUUAACAAUCAAAUCUUUUCCAUAUGUAACACAUGUUGGUUUACUUUCAAAUUCAAAUCUUCUUCGACAAAUUGAUCAAAUUCUUUUCAAUUGA